AUGGGGCGCCUUGCACUGGCUGUCUUAGGCCUCACCUGCUGCUUGGCAGUCGUGAGCUCAGCAAAGCUGGGCGCCGUGUACACGGAAGGAGGCUUCGUGGAAGGCGUCAACAAGAAGCUCGGCCUCUUCGGCAACUAUGUUGACAUCUUCAAGGGGAUCCCCUUUGCCGCUCCCCCCAAGCCUCUGGAGAACCCCCAGCCACACCCUGGCUGGCAAGGGACCCUGAAGGCGAAGUCCUUCAAGAAACGAUGCCUGCAACUCACCAUCACCCAGGAUGACACCUACGGGUCCGAGGACUGCCUCUAUCUCAACAUCUGGGUCCCCCAGGGCAAGAAGGAAGUCUCCCAGAACCUGCCUGUCAUGAUCUGGAUCUACGGAGGUGCCUACCUCAUGGGGUCCGCCCAAGGGGCCAACAUCCUCAAAAACUACCUGUACGAUGGGGAAGAGCUCGCCACGCGGGGCAACGUCAUCGUGGUCACCUUCAACUACCGCGUCGGGCCCCUGGGCUUCCUCAGCACCGGGGACCCCAACCUGCCAGGUAACUACGGCCUCCGGGAUCAGCACAUGGCCAUUGCAUGGGUGAAGAGGAACAUUGCAGCCUUCGGGGGGGACCCCAACAACAUCACCAUCUUCGGGGAGUCAGCCGGAGGUGCCAGCGUCUCUCUGCAGAUGCUCUCUCCCUACAACAAGGGCCUCAUCCGGCGAGCCAUCAGCCAGAGUGGCGUGGCACUGACCCCCUGGGCCAUCCAGAAAAGCCCUCUCUUCUGGGCCAAAAUGAUCGCCAAGAAGGUGGGCUGCCCCAUGGACGAUACCGCCAGGAUGGCCAAGUGUCUGAAGGUUACCGACACCCGUGCCCUGACGCUGGCCUAUAAGCUACCCCUGGUGGGCACGGAGUAUCCCGUGGUGCACUACAUGGGCCCCCUCCCCGUCAUCGACGGCGACUUCAUCCCUGACCACCCCAUCAACCUGUUCGCCAAUGCGGCCGACAUCGACUACAUGGCUGGCACCAACGACAUGGACGGCCACAUCUUUGCCAGCUUUGACAUGCCGGCCGUCAACAAGGACAAACAGACUGUCACAGAUGAGGACUUCUUCAAGCUGGUCAGCGGGCUCACCAUCUCCAAAGGGCACAGGGGUGCCAAAGACACCUUUGACGUCUACACUGCGCCCUGGGCCAAAGACUCGUCCCAGGAGACCAAGAAGAAGACAGUGGUGGAGUUUGAGACCGACAUCCUCUUCCUGAUGCCCACCAAGAAAACCCUGGCCCAGCACAGAGCCAAUGCCAAGAGUGCCAAGACCUACAGCUACCUGUUCUCCUUCCCCUCUCGGAUGCCCAUCUACCCGAGCUGGAUGGGGGCCGACCACGCAGAUGACCUCCAGUAUGUCUUCGGGAAGCCCUUCGCCACCCCCCUGGGCUACCGGGCCCAAGACAGGACUGUCUCUCAGACCAUGAUGGCCUAUUGGACCAACUUUGCCAGAACUGGGGACCCCAACAUGGGCCACUCAUCUGUGCCCACACAAUGGGACCCCUACACCCUGGAAAAUGACAACUACCUGGAUAUCAACAAGAAGAUGGAUGGCACGUCCUUGAAACAGCACCUGAGAAGCAACUACCUGCAGUACUGGGCUGAAACCUACCAGGCCCUGCCCACGGUGACCGAAGACGGGAUCGGGCCCAAGCCCCCCACGGGUGACUCUGAGGCCGCCCCUGAGCCUCCAAAGGGUGACUCUGAGGCUGCCCCUGAGCCUCCAAAGGGUGACUCCAAGGCUGCCCCUGAGCCCCCCACAGGUGACUCUGUGGGAGCUCAGUUGCUUACAGUCUUCGGCUUCUAA